AUGCACUGGCUAUUUCACGACUAUGCACAGGCGACUAAUACCAAAGACAGACAGGUGUUGUUUGCGGCACUCGCUGGCUUUGUUCUCUCGAUCGCGCUGCUCUACUAUGCCACGCGUCCCACUGCCCCGCGUAUGAACAAGGACACAUGGAACAAGUUUACGCUGAUCAAGAAGAUCCCACUCUCGCCAACCACGAGUAUCUACCGCUUCAAGCUGCGCAAGGGCGACUCGCUCAAUAUCCCCAUCGGCCAGCACAUCUCGGUACGUGCGAUGAUCAACGGCCGCAAUAUAAUGCGCUCCUACACGCCCGUGUCCACGAACGACACCAAGGACUACUUUGACUUGCUUGUCAAGUCGUACCCGAAGGGCAACGUGUCGCGCGUGUUUGGCGAGCUCAAGAUCGGCGACAAGCUCGAGAUGAAGGGUCCCAAGGGCAUGUUUGACUACCACCCGAACAUGGCCGACUCGAUCGGCAUGAUCGCCGGUGGCUCGGGCCUUACGCCCUGUCUCCAGGUUCUGGAGGCUGCACUCAGGGAGCCGAGGGACCACACCAAAUUUUCGCUGCUCUACGCCAACGUCUCCGAGGACGAGAUUUUGCUCCGCGAUCGUCUCGACGCCCUCGCGGAGCUCCAUCCGAGCCGCUUCAAGGUACGCUACUUUUUGGACCGGCCGCCGACGGACUGGGAGCAUGGUGUGGGCUUUAUCUCAAAAGACGAGAUUGCGAAGCAUCUGCCUCCCCCACACGAGCGAAAUCGCGUCGUGAUGUGCGGCCCGCCGCCCAUGGUUGAGUCGAUGAAGGGCCACUUGGCUGGCCUGAUGCACCCCAAGCCCAACCCACUGAGCAAGGCGGACGAUCCUGUGUUUAUUUUCUAA